AUGGAGCUUUCUGACUUGACCGCUUCUCUACUCAUGACAAACAUGUGCAACUGCAGCCGCAAGACCAGUGAAUCUAACACCGAUGUAUCGAAAUAUGCAGAGGAACUGAGCAAAGACCCUACAGUCCUCCGCAGCGCGAACAGCAUCAGCAGGCUGUUCAAGGGUGGCUCAAAAAACAACGUCACCACCAUUUUUGCGAAAAACCUGAUCGAAUCCGCUACUGAAGACCUGCAGAUUGAAAUCGAAUCUUGCUCGUCUAUGUCCAGCGGCAGUUGUGAGUCUGGUAUGGACAUGAUGGACUCCGUUCUUAACAUAACCGGACUCAUCCACGCCGAGAAAAACCGAAUCAAGGGCGAACGGUCAAGGGAGGAUGUCGGUCUCCUCUCGCAGAUCGCGAAGUUCAAGCCGGAGUUUCGUGCAACGACCGAGACUCACAAGAGAGAGAGUACUCACGAGCUCACGCAGAGACGUGACUCUCAGGGACAGGACACAAUGGCUUACCUCCACAAAGGGUACUCCCUGACUAGGCUCUCAGAUCUGAGACAGGGAAAGAUCCGAACCGUGACAGGGAAGACACUGCGGAUCAAGUGCUCCAAGGAGAAUGAAAUCCUCCGCCAGAAGAUGAUCUAUAACGCCAGACAGGAGUUGGCCCCUCCGAAAAAGAAGAAGUUCAAAACCGUCGCUAAGGCGGUCGCCUGGACCGUCAGAAAUAGGCUGGCGUUCAUGAAGGGUGACCUAGAAACCAAGGAACAGGAGGAAGAGGAGAAACUACAGAAGUUGGCAAAGAUCACCGUCACAAACGUCAUCAAAAACGCCGUCAAGAAGCUUGAGUUAGAGGAGAGGAAGGAGGCCAUAAGGGAAGAAAGGCGCCGUCGAGCCAACCGCAGAAAGAUCACCAAGACUCCGAAUUACUUCGGGGAGCUGGAGGACUUCCCCGACCCGACCCCGUGGGUGCAAAAGUACGACAAGAACCACAACAAGGACAACAAAGCGCUGACGUACCUGGUCCGAGAGAUCCAGAGGGACAUCAAGGAGAACGAGUUAGGCCCUCCACGACCCGGCCUGGAGCUGCCAUGCACCAACCUCUCCCUGAGGCACUCCAAACACUCCGAUCUCAACCUGGCGCGUCAUGGGGACGACACUGGGGAGGAGCCGACCAUCCUCAGCGGGCGAAAGAAUUCCACCAUCCACUUCGGAGACAUCACAAAGAUUGAAGACUCCGACAGUUCUCAAGUAAGAGAAGAAGAUAAGCUCAGCAUCGCCGCUGGAGGAGCCCCUGCUGAGCCGCAAACACUCAAGCCCGCACUGAAGCCCUCAAAGACCGACAUCCCUCGAACUGGGAAAGAGUCGACGAGCAAGCCAGAUUAUCUUGGCGGGAAAUCUGGCAGCUCAAGUGUCACCCGAGAGGCAAAGGGAGCUGGAAUGAUCGGGCUCUUCCCGGCAACCGAUAUCCCUUCCAGUAAGAAGUCCCCUAAAUCGGGUGGGAUUCUCAAGGACGACAAGAAAAAGGGUGUCAAGGGUUCUGUCCAGAAGGGCCAGGGUACCGAAAUGUCCCCCGCUCUCACCGAUGAGACGCGUACUCAAGCAAGGCAGUCCUCAAGCCAGGACGCAGAAGUCGCCCUCAGCUCGGCCGCUGCAGAUGAGCCCGUGCCCAUCUGGACGAAGGCGCCCAAGGAGAAAAAGUCGUGGACCUCUCAAGACAAACCACGAGACAUGACCGACCCUAGAGUCGACGCUCCUUACAUGUUGCGCUCUUUGACCGAAGUCCGGUCAGGUAAAGGCGCAGAAGAAAUGGAAGAGCCUCCCCCUGCGCCAAGAAGUUCCGAAUGUCUUAUUAAGGGCGUGGAAGGCCUGAGUUCCUCAUCUGGAUCGUCCGGAGGGACACCUGACGCAGAACCAGUCGGGAAGAUGCCUGCCCAAAGGCAAGCAGGGCUGCCCAAAGAAGGCGCUAGAGUCAGAGCCACGGCCGUGGCAGACUCGGGGGCAGUGGUACCCUACAGUGCGGACGACGGCGUCAGGACAGCCGUUCAAAAAAUCACGGUCGCCGUGACAGAAGGGAUGAUGGCGACGAACCCUCACCUCCGCAUUCUGAACCGCGCCGUCUCGAUCGUCGACCCCGUGAUGCAGGCAACCGAGGCCAUGCUCUUCCACCCGACACUUCUAGGAGACCUGAUACACCAGGUCAACCAUACGUACAACACGGUGGAGGCUACCACACUGGGGCUUACACGGUACUUCACUGCCAUCAUGUCGGGCGUCCUGACAAGAGUAGCAGGCUUGAUGCCUUUGAUUGGUGCUACAGAAGAAGACGGCCUGCCCACACUUCCCUCAAACGCUCCUGUCGACAGGACGGACACGGCAACGUCGACUGGCAAAAGACUGAUGGCAAUCAAAGCGUCUCCACCGCCUUCUGAGUCCGGUGUCACCGAUCAGAAGGGUACAGCCGAACAGUCACGCCGGAAGAAUAAGCUGUCCAAAGGGCGCUAUCCAGUACGUGGAGAAUCGCCAGGAAUAAGGGAGUCGGUGCCGACCGCGAGUAUGCCUCGAAAAUCAAGCAUUCCUUGCAUGGAAAGGGACCAGGUGAAGCCCCACACUGCGGCACAGGGUAGAAAGACAGGGAAGCCAGACAGCAUGGAAGGGGCCAAGAAACGUUCAGAGAUAAAACAAUCUCCUCCAAAGGAAAAGAAGACAGAGAAGUCUGAGAGCCAAGAGGCAGAGGGCACAAUCUGGAAAGUGCCAGACCGUCGGAGACGCUCUAGUCUGAACCCAGAAGUGGUCAAAGACCUCAAGAACACGCUCCGACAUCGUGAGGAAGAGCGUCAGGAAAAGAAGCCGACCCUGCACUUCACCUCUGAGUCGAGUGCCGUGUCACAGAAAAGCACCGUCACAAAGUACGGGAAAGGCAAGAAGAAAGACACGACUUCUCAGGAGACCAGUCAGGCGCUGACGAAGACAACACUUGCCUUUGCCCCUCCGCCUCCUCCUCCCCCACUGCCGGGUUGUCUCCCUGGAGGCAGCAAGCCAGCAAAGGCCGCUCCUGUUGUGUACACAACGCAGACGGCAGAAGUGGAGCAGCGCGCUGCGGUGAGUUCCCGAGAGGAAGAUGGCACAGAGAUCUCCACUGAGACUGCCACAAUGGCGACGAUGAUGGAGGCCCAGUUCAGUGCUCCGCCACCACCCCCACCUCUUCCUCCCCCUGACUACUACCUGUCAGGCGGAGACGAGUCGGACGACGAGACGCUGAAGGAACAGGCACCGCAGGAAGAGUCUGCAACCGUCUUCCUGCCACCCAAAUACUUGGAUCGGUUUCAGAGCCAGGGUUGGAGGCACGUGGAGUUCCGUCCCUCCCCACGGAGCAGCGCCGCCAGCAGUGUGGCGGGGAGUGCGCCGUCUUCACGCGCAAGUUCACCCGCAAACACCCCUCGAAGCGCCAGUCCUGUGAGCAGGGAUCACGCAGGCCAAGGGAUCCAAAGCGCGGCACUGGCAGCGGCCUUGCGUGAUGUCGGAGAUAACAGGCAUGGCAUGAUGCAACCUCGAAGGGACAGCCUUGCUUUCCAAAUCCACUCCCAGGCGACGAAGCUGAAACACUCCACCACUGUGAGGAGAAAGACGUCCACAGGGGAGACGGAAGACACAGCCGAGACUUCGCACAUGGUCGCCACAGUCCAGGCCGGCAGAAUCCCCUCCCCUCCGUCCCUGCCGUCCUUUAGCCUGGGUUUAUCUGCACACCCAGCGUUGGCUAUGUCUCCUCUGUCACCGAUGACGCUAGGCCAAGCCUUGCAUGAUGCAAUUGGAAGAAGGGAACAGGCGGCACCUGGACAUGUGCCGUCCAGCUCACCUGAAAAUGACAGCCUUUCCUUCCGACUUCAGUCACAGGCGACGAAGCUAAAACACUCCACCACUGUGAGGAGGAAGACGUCUACAGGGGAAACUGAGGACACGAAUGAGGCAUCGCAGAUGGUCGCGACAGUUGAGGCUAGCCGUGUCCCUACACCACCGCCUCUGCCGUCUCUUGGCCUCGGUGCACAUUCCCAGAUAGCGCCGCCGGCUGCUCUAGCAAUUGCCAGCCCUGCGCCAACUAUGGGCCUGCCGUCAGCCUCGCCUCUGCCACAGUUCGGUGGACUUGGUGGUCUGACAAGUCACGGCCUGACGGGAGGUACAGCCAUGCGCCACACGUCUACGUCAGCUAAAAUGACGCACAAGACUAAGGUCACAAAGGGCGAUGAAACGGUGGAAAAUGUGGCGGAGGCCAGCGAAACUUUGGCUACUAUGGAGACUGGCCAAAUCCCUGCACCGCCACCGUUACCGACUCGGGAGCAACUCAGGCGGGCAAGUCUUGCACAAGCCGUGGUCCACCCGCGGGUGCAUGGGGUAGGAUUCGGACGAGUCCCCUCGCCCCCAGCUUUGCCGCCUAUGGAGUUACUGAUGUCCGGAAUCUCACGUGAAUCCGGACUGGUCCCUCCUCCUCCAGCGCUGCCACCCAUGGAACUUUUGAUGUCCGGAAUCUCACAUGCACCCGGACUGGUUCCUUCUCCUCCUGCAUUGCCACCUAUGGAACUUCUAAUGUCUGGAAUCUCGCAUGGGUUCGGAGGAGUCACUCAGCCCCCACCGACUUUAAUGUUGUCCCCAGGCCAUGGACAAGGUGGCGGUACCUUCAUGAGGAGCACGACGGCUUCCAACAAGAUGACGCACAAGACUAAGGUCACAAAGGGCGAUGAAACAGUGGAAAAUGUGGCAGAAGCCGGUCAAACAGUGGCUACUAUGGAGGCUGGCCACAUCCCUGCACCGCCACCGCUACCAACUCCGGAGCAACUGAGGAGAUUCAGUCUUGCACAAGCCGUACAUCAGCCUAACAUGGCGCUGCGGUUGGCAGGGCAUUCGGCUCUAGCAAUCCCUCAGUCCCCGCCUUCGUUGAUUACUCCGGGCCAGGGACAAGAAGGCGGUACAUUCAUGAGGAGCACGACGGCUUCUAACAAAAUGACGCACAAGACUAAGGUCACAAAGGGCGACGAAACGGUGGAAAAUGUGGCGGAGGCCAGCGAAACUUUGGCUACUAUGGAGGCUGGCCACAUCCCUGCACCGCCACCGCUACCGACUCGGGAGCAACUCAGGCGGGCAAGUCUUGCACAAGCCGUGGUCCACCCGCGGGUGCAUGGGGUAGGAUUCGGACGAGUCCCCUCGCCCCCAGCUUUGCCGCCUAUGGAGUUACUGAUGUCCGGAAUCUCACGUGAAUCCGGACUGGUUCCUCCUCCUCCAGCGCUGCCACCCAUGGAACUUCUGAUGUCCGGAAUCUCACAUGGAUCCGGACUGGUGCCUUCUCCUCCUGCAUUGCCACCCAUGGAACUUCUGAUGUCCGGAAUCUCACAUGGAUCCGGACUUCGCCCCUCCUCCUCCAGCCCCCCACCGACUUCAAUGUUGUCCCCAGGCCAGGGACAAGGCGGUGGUAUCUUCAUGAGGAGCACGACGGCUUCUAACAAAAUGACGCACAAGACUAAGGUCACAAAGGGCGACGAAACAGUGGAAAAUGUGGCGGAGGCAAGCGAAACUUUGGCUACUAUGGAGGCUGGCCACAUCCCUGCUCCACCACCGCUCCCAACUCCGGAGCAACUGAGGAGAUUCAGUCUUGCACAAGCCGUACCUCAACCUAACAUGGCGCUACAAAUGGCAGGGCCGUCGGCUCUAGCAAUCCCUCAGUCCUCGCCGACUUCAAUGUUGUCCCCAGGCCAGGGACAAGGCGGAGGUACCUUCAUGAGGAGCACGGCAGCUUCUAACAAAAUGACGCACAAGACUAAGGUCACAAAGGGCGAUGAAACGGUGGAAAAUGUGGCGGAGGCAAGCGAAACAUUGGCUACUAUGGAGGCUGGCCACAUCCCUGCACCGCCACCGCUACCGACUAGGGAGCAACUCAGGCGGGCAAGUCUUGCACAAGCCGUGAUCCACCCGCGGGUGCAUGGGGUAGGAUUCGGACGAGUCCCCUCGCCCCCGGCUUUGCCGCCUAUGGAGUUACUGAUGUCCGGAAUCUCACAUGAAUUCGGACGCGUCCCUUCUCCUCCACCCCUGCCACCCACGGAACUUCUGAUUUCCGAAAUCUCGUUUGAAUCCAGACGAGUCCCUAAUCCUCCUGCUUUACCACCAAUGGAGCUUCUGAUGUCUGGAAUUUCAGGCUUCCCUGGGCAGGAAGUCUCCCAGGCGUUACCGGUUCCACUGCUGGAUCUGGUCGGCGCUGUGGCCAGGCAGUCAUUACCCGAUCCAAACAGGCAGUACACUGUCAUGACGAUGUACUCCACGCAGGGGUCAAACUUGCCUCAGAAGAAAGCUCGGCCUGACGAGGGCGAUGGACACGGCACGACAGAAGUCGGUGUCGGUGCAAAAACAACCAAGUUCUGCACAAACAUCCCAGACCCCCCGCCAUUGCCACAAAUGAAGUUUUUUGUCCCAAAACCGUAUGUCCAACACAAGGGCACGUUUGGACAUGAGAUAGCGCAGAAAGUGGACCGUUUAACCCAGCGGAGGGAAAUGUCCAUAGAGCUCCACAUCGCGAGAAGGGAUUCAACCGAUUUACUCCUCGCAAUCGAAGAAAACGCGUCGAAGUUUUCCCCGGAGGAAGUUGAGGAAAUGAGAAAAGAAGCAAACGAGGAUAUUGCCAAAAUCGACGAGUGUCUCAACCAACUGCUGAUGUCGACCUCAAUGAGGAACUUGGUUGAAGACUCAGGGUCAGUGGUUGAAGACUCAGGGUCGGUGUGUUCUGAAGAGUUACUCCCCGUGGAGAUAGUGUCCACGGAUGACUCUCAAACAGCUCCACUGGCGAUACAAUCCGACAGUCAGCUGACGGUCCAUCUGCAUCGCCAGUCAGAUGAUUCGCAAUCGACAGAGCAAAACCAGCUCAAACUGUGCCAGCACGCCGACCACGGUGAAAGCGCCUGGCACCAGCGUGGCAACCACUACCAGGUCGUGCACGGGGAGAAGACACCGUGCUGCCUGGCAAACCACGCCCAAAACUGGAGCUACAAGCCUCCGAGAUUCAAGUGCGGCAGUUCGGCACAGUCGUCCGCACGCCAGGGUCGACCUCCGCCGGAAAACGUGGACACGCGGACAACGGAUGGUACAAGUCCGCCUGAAUCCACAGCUGCAAAAGCUGACAAGCAGUCAGUAAAGGGCUCGGCUGAGCCUGCAGCUCAAACACAGAAGGGCACUGUGAAGGGAGGCAAAAGGGAGAAGACUCAAAAAGAGUACUCCCAGAAAGUUUGGGAAGCCCUUGUUGGCGACGACAAUGAAAGGGAUAGUCCCAAGACAAAGGCCACACCGCCCAAUGAUGCUAAGAAGCCUUCUACUGCAUCUAAAGAUGCCGGGGCAAAGAGCACACAGAAAGGAGCAAAAGCGCCGAAAGCUGGACAAACCGGAGACCAAACAGCAAAAUUGAUGCCCACGAAAAUUCCGCAACCGACCAAAGAUACUGCUGUUAAGCGGAAAGAUCCCAUAAUGUGGACAACUGCACUGUCCGCAAAACGGACCGAGGUAAGGUCAACAGACAAGACGUCUGUCAAACAAGCCGCGCACCCUCCGACGAAAAUUCCGCAACCGAUAAAAGAAACGGAUGUCCAGCGGAAAGUUCCAGUGAUGGGCACAACUGCACUGUCAGCAAAACGCACCGACAUGCAGACAGAAGACAAGCAAACAGAAGAUAAGCAAGCCGCGCACCCACCCACGAAAAUUCCGCAACCGAUUCAAGUUACGGCUGUUCGGCGGAAAACCCCAGUGAUGGGGACAACUUCACUGUCAGCAAAACGAGCAGACAUGCAGACAGCAGGCAAGCAGACCGCGCACCCACCCACGAAAAUUCCGCAAUCGAUACCGAUUCAGGUUACGGCUGUUAAGCGGGAAACUCCCGUGGUGGGGACAACUGCCCUGUCAGCAAGACGUACAGAGGAGCCCAAAGGAGUCCAGACCAGACCGGCGUCUAUGAAGAGUACACAACCGGCCAAUGACUCCGCCGAUACGCCAAGGCCUCCUCAGAAGGAGUCGGCUGCGGCAAGACCUUCAAGCGCCCAGACCACACCGACGGCAGGACAGUUCAGGGCACAGACCGAAUAUAAACCUCCCGAGCGUAAACGUCCGGACGCAUGGGUGUCGUCUGGCAUAAAGAAGUACACUGAUGAAGAAAGAGCGAAACUCGAUGCUGAAGUUGACGAGUACUGGGGUAGAAGGUUCUCCAAAGACCGUGAAAAGCCAUGGUGGAAUAUUGAGGACCCAGAAGAACGUGAGAGAGCACGGCUCCGCCAGGAUCGGUCUAAGACAGACCUCCGGCAGACUGGGUCCGGGGUGGCCGCAGCCAGCUACAAACGACCCGGCAUCCAGGAUCAAGUGAAGCACGGCGGUGGCGUGGAUCGGUCACCGGUCAUGUUGCCGGGGCACUACGGGGCGGCAACAGGUGUGUCCAGAGCGAUCGACUCGUCAGAAGACAGUGAAGACGAGAUAGACUUGGACAAGCCCAUCUCAAAGGAGGACCUGCAUGACGACGAGUACUGGAUGGCCAUGGAGAAAAAGGCCUACUCUAUGGUAAAGGCCAGCAUGGAGCAACUGGAAACGGGGCAACUGGAAACGGUCGACGAAGAGUCUCCCGUAGACGAGAAAAAGGUACAGGGAGCUUCGCCAACCGCGAAGAAACCCUCAAAAUUCGCUCGCAUGUUCCAGUCAAGGAAAGAAAGGGAGCAGAAGAUAGACAGGGAGGCCAGAGAGAUGGCGAUGAAGCAGCAGGCCGCAAAGAAGGUAGACACAGUCGAGCACAAAUCGGACCCCCCGAACGGAAAACCGGUCUAUGGCCCGCCGCUUCCUCCUGAAAUGCAGAGGGAGAAGGAAAAGAAAAAGGGCCUGACGCGCUAUGGGCACAAGCCAGUGCCUACGCUAGCCACCAUGAAAUCAAAAGAGAAAGAGCCAAGUACCUCUCAGAAGUCUGGCGGCAGGCUAACCCCCACCAAACUAGUCGGCAAAAUCAAAGGGAGCUUCACAAGGGUCAAGGAUUCGAUCCGAUCGAGGCUAUCGGGAGAAGAGAGCGACACGAGUGAAUGAUUUGUCGACUUAAAAAGAUUCUCGGCGUGGCAAAAAAUAUUACAUGAACUCACGUUUUAUGUUUUGAAUAGAAUGAGUUGUGGCAAACAUGCUUUACACAUGCUUCACACUCACGUCACACGUGCUCCAUUCACACAGAAAAAAUCUAAGGUAGAAAGAAAUGUUUCAAGUAUGCAUCGCUUUCAUUUUUCUUCUA